AUGGGUUUUGAAAUUUAGGUCAUAAAUUAGCAUAAUUCACUAACCUUGAAAUAUUAAAGAUUGAAUUAUAAAGGAUUAUAACAAUUAUGUUCUGCUUUAAAAUUUUGCUCUCUUUUACAUACUUUGAAUCUUAACAUGCAAGAAACUGAAAUUUAUAGUGAAGAUAUUCUUGAAUUAACAUCUAUUCUUAAGGAUAACAAAUCUUUGAAAACUUUGAAAUUAAAUUUAGAUCAUACAAAAAUUGGAGUAUUGGGUGCUCUACAUUUGAGUUCUAUACUCACAAAUUGUGAUAAUCUAACUAAUUUAAAAUUAACACUUAGUUAAAUAGGAGAUGAAGGUGCAAAAUAUUUGGGAUUAGGAUUAGCAAGCUGUAAAAAUCUUCAAGUUUUGAAAUUAUUGUUAAGUUCAAAUGAGAUUAGUGAUAACGGUAUAUAAACCUUAAGUUCAAGCUUAGAAUCUUGUAAAAAUCUAUAGUCUUUAAAACUCAUACUUAUGAGGAAUAAAAUUGAAUAAAAAGGAGCAUAAAGUUUAGCUACUGCUUUAGCAAAUUUAACCAAUAUCUCUGAGUUGAAAAUUAGCCUACGAGCCAAUGAAAUAGGUGCUUAGGGAGCUUCAGCUUUAGGACUUGCUUUUUCAUCUUGCAGGAAUAUUAGUAUUUUAGAAUUGUUUCUUUACUACAACAAAAUUGGUCCAAAAGGAACAUAAGACUUAUGCUCUAAUUGGCCAAAUUGUAAAUUUCUUUCAGAUUUAACACUAUAAAUGGAUUCUAAUGAAAUUGGUGAUGAUGGUGCAUAUAGUUUAGGUCAAGCUAUAUCAAAGUGCUCCAUGGUUUAAAAUUUGAAACUCAUGCUAGAGUGUAAUCGUAUUAAAGAAAAGGGUGCAAUAGGUUUAGGCUAAAUCUUCGAAAAUCUAACUAAUCUCAAAAAUUAUGUGCUUAAUCUUAGGAUUAACCAUCUAAACGCCUAAGGUUUUUCAAAUUUAGUUACUCCUUUAUUCAAAUGCAAAAGUAUUUAGAAUUUAAAUAUGAACUUAAAAUCGAAUCCUAUAGAUUAUUUAGAUACAUAGAUUUUUUGUCCUUCUCUAGUAAAUUGCUCCAAUCUAACAACAUUUACUUUGAAAUUGACUCCUUAUGAUUAAGGUGUAACUUUAGGUUCUAUUAUGAUUUAGAAUAUUGUAAAUCUUUAAAACUUGAAACUCUAGCUUCGCAAAGGCAGUUUUGUAGGUAUAGGUGUUAUGCACUUAGGCUAAAACAUAGGAAAUUGUGAUAAUCUUUUAAAUUUCUAAGUCGAUUUUUCUUAGAAUAAAAUUGAUAAUGAUGGUGCUAAAGGUUUAUGCUCUGGUUUAUCAAAAUGCAAAGUCCUUUAAAAUGUGAAAAUUGAUUUCUAUAAUAAUUAAAUUGGUGAUGAAGGUUUUUCAGGCAUAAUUUUCGAACUAGCAAAUUGCAAAAAUCUCUAAAAUCUUAAUCUAAAAUUUUCAAAUAACAAUAUUACAGAAAAAGGCCCAUAAAACUUAGGAAAGAUUUUCUAAAAUUACUAAAAUCUUUUAUCCUUAAAGCUUAAUUUGAAUUUUAACUAAAUUGGAGAUAGUGGUGCAUCAGCAAUUUUAUUAGCAUUAACAGCUGGUUUAUUAUUAAACUGA